AUGUGGAAGAUUGACAGCAUGAAAGCAACAGUUCUCCAAGAUAUGUUUGCCGAUGUGUCAACUUCUAAGUGUAAGCAUGCAAAAAAGCUUGUCAUGGACAGAUUGAUGUGUGGUAUGAAGAACGAAUACACUCGAGUGUUUGAUUACCAGUUGGAACUAUUGAGGAGCAAUCCUGGAAGCACUAUUGCAGUAUGUUUGGACCCAACAAACAUGGAUCAAAACAUAUUUCAGAGUUUUUAUGUUUGCUUUAAUGCAAUGAAACUUGGUUUCAAAGCUGGUUGCAGGAAAGUAAUAGGGCUCGAUGGCUGUUUCUUCAAAGGAGCAGUGAAGGGGGAGCUUUUGUGUGCAAUAGCAAGAGAUGCCAACAACCAGAUGUAUCCAGUGGCUUGGGCUGUAGUUGAGAAGGAAACAAAAGAAAGUUGGAAGUGGUUUGUUGGGCUGCUUAUCAAAGAUCUGGAUAUCAACAACAAUGGAGCCGGCUGGGUUGUUAUUUCAGAUCAGCAAAAGGGAUUAAUAAAUGCAAUGCAAGACUAUCUUCCAAAUGCAGAACACAGGAUGUGUGCUAGGCACAUAUAUGCGAACUGGAGAAAGAAACAUAGAUCUCAUGAGUGGCAGAAAUUUUUUUGGGCCAUUGCAAAAGCUUCUAACAAGCAAGAUUUCAACUAUCGCAAAGCAAAACUUGCUCAAGAGACACCUGAUGGAGUGAAGGACAUUAUGAGGACAGAGCCUAUGCAUUGGGCAAGGGCAUUUUUUCAGCUAGGCUCAAAUUGUGAGUCUGUCGACAAUAAUCUCUGUGAGUCAUUCAAUCACUCAAUAGUAGAUGCAAGGUUUUAUCCAAUAAUUUCCAUGCAAGAGAGAAUCAGGAAGAAGAUACUUGUUAGAGUGCAAGAACAAAGGGCAAAGAGUGAGAAGUGGAAUGGGACAAUAUGUCCUAGCAUUUUCAAGAAGUUGAAGGCAAGUAUUGCAAGGACACAGUUUGUUGAAGUGCUUUGGAAUGGCCCAGGUGGAUUUGAAGUGAAGCACAUCAAUGGCAGAGGAAGACAAUACACUCCUGUUGAGGGUGAGGAGAUGUGGCCAGUUUCUCCAAAUCCUAGGCCACAAGCACCUGGAUAUGUGAAAAUGCCAGGCAGGCCUUCUAACAAUGACAGGAAGAGGGAAGAAACAGAGAAGCCGAAGGGUAAGAAAAUGAGCAAACAUGGAACUGUGAUCAAGUGUUCAUUGUGUGGUAUCAUUGGACACAACAAGGCUAGCUGCAAAAAGAAUCCAGAGAGAGGAAAGAAAAAUAAUGCACACCUAGUUAAGAGCAAGAAAGCAGAGCAGGCACAAGGUAGUACUACUCAAACUGCUGCCCCAGCUGCACCAACUUCUCAACCUGCUGCCCCAGCUACACCAAGAACUCAUACUGCUGCCCAAGCUGCACCAAGAAGUUCUCAAGCUGCUGCCCCUACUGCAGCAAGAACUGCUCAAGCUGCAGCCCCAUCAAACAAGUUCAAACCUCCAAGAAAAAGAUCUGCACCCUUUCAACCUGGAGCAUCUUCAGUGCCUGGUGGAACAUCUUCAUCUUCAUUGCUUGGAACAAAUGCUUCUAGAACUGGAGCAAAAAGGGGCAGAGGAAGAUCUGCAUCUUCAGUGCCAAGUUAUGCAUAUUUCACUUGCAGUGGCAACUACUAG